AUGGAUACCAUUGAUGAUACAUGGACUGCAUUCAAUCCACCUGCGACUGCUUUAAAUUCUAAAGCUAUACAUCAGGAUAUACUGACCAUUCGGAACCUUGCUUGCUUUAAACUUGUAUGCUCAACAGAAUUUUCUAGCAAGUUAUCAAUGAUUGAAGCGCUCAGUGUACUCUCAUCACGUCGUUAUCUGUUCACAAUAUCACCCUCAGAACUAAUUUUGGUAGAUGUGGCAGCAGAACUCAUGUUUCAACCUGGUCACCUGGUCAAGUUUAUUGAUAGACUCUUUGAUGCCACACGUUGUGGGGUGGUUGAUGGUAGUUACCGAGAUGAGCUUGUUGCAAGAUUGCUUCUCCUUCUGGCAGCUGAUGUUGCAAGUAUGAAUAAAAAUAAGAGUGUGGAAGACGAAGAAUGCUCAAAGUUUUUGAGUGGAACUAUUUUUUUUACACAUUUUAUUCCUAUGUUUUAUUCACCAAGAAGACAAUAUCUUCUCUAUACUAUGACAUAUAGUGCUGCAAUCAUUUGUAAACGAAAUAAUGCUAGAGUAGAUUUAAGUACAGGGAUUCAAGAUAAAUACUUGAGAAAGCUUGCUGAAGGGUCUUAUAAACUUAAUCCAUCUUUUAUCUCAUUUAUCCUUGUACAAGUGAAAAAUUAUCAAGAUUCAUAUGAUUCAUAUACAAAAAUUGCUUGA